AUGGCGCUGAAUUUCAUCCGCCGGCUGCUUUGCUGCUUCCGUGGCUCGCAGCCCGUCGAGGAGCAGGUGGUUUCUUUCGAGGACUUCGCUGCGCUGGCCACCAUCCAGGUCAUCUCGAAGGAUGGCAAGAAGAAGAGGUUCGACGUCCCGGAAGCCAUCAGCAAGCAGUACGCUAAGGUCAUUCCCGAAGACGUCACGAUUGACGGCCAGGGUGUGUGCAUAACCUCGGACAUCGCGGUCCUGGGGGAUGUCCGCAUCACGGCGGGCGGCACCUGCAUCACAGGCAAUACGCUGAUCUUUGGCGACGUGAUCAUUGACGGGGAGGACGGUCAGACAGUCAACGGCACUUGCAUCACGGGCAGCGCCAUCGUGCUGGGCAACGUGUUCAUCCGCGGCAACGUCUGCGUCACCUCCAACGCGUUCGUGAAGGGCGACGUCAAGGUCGAGGGCCACCUGGAUGUCGGCGGCAAGCUGUGCUACUGGGGCCAGAAGGAGAUCCGCCCCCUGCCCCCCUACUAA